AUGCUGAGCCCCCGGCCAUGGUCGACUACAAAUGUGCUUGGACAUGUGUUGUUCAUUGUUUCGUGGUGGGUACGCGGGACUACUGGCUACACGAUUGCCGCCGGGUCUUGGAAGCUUAACGCACGGAAGCAGUCAGAAGGAUCAUCUGCCUACAUUGCGAACGUGCUCACCAAACAUCGCGAUGAUUUGAUCAUAUGGUAUGAGAUGGACACCGUCUUGGCUGUCAUCAACUGGGCCAACAUCGCAGACAACAUUCGUGGGCGAGGGUAUGCAUGCAAUCAGGGUCCAGGACAAUCGCCAGCGCUUCCAUACAGCGGAUUGAACAGCAAAGGCCCCAAGAACGGUGUGCAUGCAUUGCUGGUCUGUGCCAGGGGAUCAGGCUUUUCUUUCGAUGCCGGCCCGAAGUCAUGUUGCACUGCCCGCGGCAAGCCAAAUAAAAAUGUGUUGGUCCAAACUGUUCACGUGCAAGUCAAUUGCAAAGUGGUUGAACUGAUGAUACUUGGUGUGAACUUCGACACUCAUGAUGGCGAGAAGGCCGAGCAGAUCGAAUUGUUGUUGCGCGAAGUUCGCAGACAGCAAGCAGAUGCAUCUCGACAGGGGCAUCUGUUCCAAGCCAUUCUGGUUGGCGACAUAAAUGAUCGAAUCGUCCUUAAAACAGAUGCUCGUCUUGAUGUGGAAGUGGCCUACAUGCGCCCCUGGACUCACAUGCGGAAAGUCGUGUCCUUGACCAACAGGAGCCAAGCUAUUCUGCGACACUUGCUUGUGACAAACCACGGGCGAAGAGAGCUGCUUUCGUGGGAUGUGAAAUAUUUCGAUGACACGGCUGUUGGUGGUGUGUCUGUACGCCAUCCAUCGCGCACUUUUUGCGACGCCUUUUUCUUGCAAACGGAUUGGUGGCGGGAGAGCCAGCGUGACCCUGAACCAGUUACGUACAAGUACACUCCCUGGGACCAGCUAGUAGCUUCCGACAUCGUAGAUGACAUUGCCAACGUCGCAAGCAGCACAGGUCGAAACCUGCACAACUUGAACGAGAGUCGCGACAGUGAUGACGGUUGGGCGGUGAGCUUCGCGGAACUUGAAAGGGCACUAAGGGUAAGGGGCCGAGCAACUAACAGCCUCGAUCCCACUAGCAUGCCUUCAUUCUUCAUGAUGUCGGAUCACAUUCCCAAGACAAAGUUUCAAGUAGAAGAUGCUCAAACAUAUCUUAACUCGAACAUGAAGAAGGACCCCGUGUACUUGUCAUUUGGUUGGUUGGACUCUGUCGGCUUUCUCCGGCCAAAGCUUUCUGGAAAUCUCGGCUUCGACAUGGUGUUCUUGGACUUUGAAACAGAUUUUGGAGUACGGGGGGGCGACCAUGCUUUCACGCACGCGCGAUUGUACCUGAUGCCUGCAGGUGCCGUCCGCAAAAAUUUUCUGGGCCAGUGGGUUUGGGCUAUUGGGGGUGGGGCAGCUGUGCUGGGUCUACUGGUAUGUGGUAUGUGCAAGCACUCGAGACGAUGCUGGAGACGCUCGAACACGGAUUGA